CUUGUGAUUGGAUUAAAGAAAUUGAUGACACUAAGCAAAAGCAUGUGGCUGCAAGAAAACUGGCAAAGAAACUGAUAGAAAAGGAGAAAAACUGGAUUGAUUACCCAAACUGUGAAAAUAUAGCACAACAAAAGAAGAACAGAGUGAUAGACCCACUUAUACAAGCAACAAAGCAGUGCAUCAUUGAGAUAGUAGAAGAAAUCCUUGAAAAUUUUCCUCAUGCUGCAAAUACAGUUGAUGAUGAGAAUGGACACAACAUAUUACACAUAGCGGCCGAGCAGAAAAAUUUAGUACUGUAUGACUACUUGCAGAAGACUGUUAACCACGCUGAUAGAAUGAUGCUCGAUAUUGAUUAUCAUGGCAACACCGUUUUGCAUAUUGCAGCCUCCCAGCAUUAUCAAGGACUCUCUGUUUUCGGACCCGCAAAGAGCAUGACAUGGGAAGUAUUUUGGUUUAAGCGUGUACAGGAUGACUGUCAUCCAUCUUUUUUAUAUCAUCGAAACUAUGAUGGGAAGACAGCACAAGAAGUUUUCGAAAAAAACCACAUAGAGAUGAGAAAGGAAGCUGAGAAAGCAGCCAAAGACAUGAAUAGCGGCUUGAUGCUUGUUUCAACUAUCAUUGGCUCUGUCAAUUACGCAGCACUUUUUACUCUCCCGGGUGGUUUGGACCAAAUCAGUGGCCUACCUAUUUUUACCAACCGAACAGCCACUGAACGGAGUGAUCUACAGUUGUUCUCGUACUACAUAGGAGGAAGCCUAGUUGCUGCUUUACUGGCGUUGGGAACUCAACUUUCAAUUCAAUUGUCACGAUUCGGUAACAAUGAAUUUCUCAUUUCAUUACCAUUCAAGUAUCUUCUCGCAAGCACAGCAUUGUUCUAUGCCACCAGCUUCUCUGUCACUGCAUGUUACCAAACAUAUAUUCUCGAGACUGUAUUCGAGAAAUCGUUUUAUUGGGCUAUGUUGAUUAGUUUUAUUCUUAUGAUCCAUGUUUACAUAGACUCAUUAUACCCAACCUUCAGUUACAUGUACGAGGUAAUUCGUCAUUAUCUUACUUACAGAUGGAAAAAAAUGUAGUCUGCGACUUUAGUAAUUUCUAUUUGAGUCACUCAGUCAAUCCGUCAUUCAUUCAGUGGUUGUAUUUGUGUGUUGUGCAAUUAAUUAGCCUGUGACUAUCCAUUCUGAGAGACAAAGAUAUGUAAGAUGAAAUUUGUGUGUUGUUAAGCUUUGU